AUGCGGGGCCCGCUGGGCACCGAGGAGGAGCUGCCGCGGCUGUUCGCGGACGAGAUGGAGAACGAGGACGAGAUGUCAGAAGAAGAAGAUGGGGGCCUUGGAGGCUUUGAUGACUAUUUCCCUGAGGAGCCCGUGGGCCUUCCCAAGAAGAAGAAAUCCAAGAAGCUCAAGGAGAACCGGUCUAAAGGGAAGCGGAAGAAGAAAGAGGGGAGCAAUGAUGAGCUGUCAGAAAAUGAAGAGGAUCUGGAAGAGAAGUCGGAGAGUGAGGGCAGUGACUACUCCCCUAAUAAAAAGAAGAAGAAAAAGCUCAAGGACAAGAAGGAGAAAAAAGCCAAGCGAAAAAGGAAGGAUGAUGACGAGGAUGAUAAUGACGACGGGUGUCUAAAGGAGCCCAAGUCCUCGGGGCAGCUGAUGGCCGAGUGGGGCCUGGAUGACGUGGAGUACCUGUUCUCGGAGGCAGACUACCACACGCUGACCAACUACAAGGCCUUCAGCCAGUUCCUCAGGCCGCUCAUUGCCAAGAAGAACCCGAAGAUCCCCAUGUCCAAAAUGAUGACCGUUCUGGGAGCCAAGUGGCGGGAGUUCAGCGCCAACAACCCUUUCAAGGGGAGCUCAGCAGCAGCAGCUGCAGCGGCGGUGGCCGCGGCCGUGGAGACCGUCACCAUCGCCCCUCCGCUGGCCGUCAGCCCCCAGCAGGCACCCCAGCCUGUACCUAUCCGCAAGGCCAAGACCAAGGAGGGCAAGGGGCCAGGAGUGAGGAAGAAGAUCAAAGGGUCCAAGGAUGCGAAGAAGAAGGGCAAGGGGAGAAAGGUAGCCGGGCUCAAGUUCCGCUUUGGAGGGAUCAGCAACAAGAGGAAGAAAGGCUCCUCGAGUGAGGAAGAUGAGCGGGAGGAGUCAGACUUCGACAGCGCCAGCAUCCACAGCUCCUCCAUGCGCUCUGAGGGCUCCACAGCCCUGGGGAAGAAGAGCAAGAGGCGGCGCAAGAAGAAGAGGAUUGACGAUGGUGAUGGCUACGAGACGGACCACCAGGACUACUGUGAGGUGUGCCAGCAGGGCGGGGAGAUUAUCCUGUGUGACACCUGCCCGCGGGCCUACCACCUCGUCUGCCUUGAUCCAGAGCUGGAGAAGGCUCCCGAGGGCAAGUGGAGCUGUCCCCACUGUGAGAAGGAGGGGAUCCAGUGGGAGCCAAAGGACGACGAGGACGACGAGGAGGAGGGCGGCUGCGAGGAGGAGGAGGACGACCACAUGGAGUUCUGCCGCGUGUGCAAGGACGGGGGUGAACUGCUCUGCUGCGACGCGUGCCCCUCCUCCUACCACCUGCACUGCCUCAACCCGCCGCUGCCCGAGAUCCCAAACGGUGAAUGGCUCUGCCCGCGCUGUACUUGCCCCCCGCUGAAAGGCAAAGUCCAGCGGAUCCUACACUGGAGGUGGACAGAGCCCCCCGCCCCCUUCAUGGUGGGGCUGCCGGGGCCCGACAUGGAGCCUGGUGUCCCCCCACCCAAGCCCCUGGAGGGCAUCCCGGAGAGAGAGUUCUUCGUCAAGUGGGCUGGGCUCUCCUACUGGCACUGCUCCUGGGUGAAGGAGCUUCAGCUGGAGCUAUACCACACGGUCAUGUACCGCAACUACCAAAGAAAGAACGACAUGGACGAGCCGCCGCCCUUUGACUACGGCUCUGGCGAUGAGGAUGGCAAGAGCGAGAAGAGGAAGAACAAGGACCCUCUCUAUGCCAAGAUGGAGGAGCGCUUCUACCGCUACGGCAUCAAGCCCGAGUGGAUGAUGAUCCACCGCAUCCUGAACCACAGCUUCGACAAGAAGGGGGAUGUGCACUACCUGAUCAAGUGGAAAGACCUGCCCUAUGACCAGUGCACCUGGGAGAUCGACGACAUCGACAUCCCCUACUAUGACAACCUGAAGCAGGCCUACUGGGGCCACAGGGAGCUGAUGCUGGGUGAGGAUGCUAGGCUGCCCAAGAGGCUGGUCAAGAAGGGCAAGAAGCUGAAGGAUGAUAAACAGGAGAAGCCACCAGACACACCCAUUGUGGAUCCCACGGUCAAGUUUGACAAGCAGCCUUGGUACAUUGACUCCACGGGAGGCACACUGCACCCAUACCAGCUGGAGGGCCUCAACUGGCUGCGCUUCUCCUGGGCCCAGGGCACAGACACCAUCCUGGCUGAUGAGAUGGGGCUGGGCAAGACUGUGCAGACCAUCGUCUUCCUCUACUCCCUGUACAAGGAGGGGCACUCCAAGGGGCCCUACCUGGUCAGCGCGCCCCUGUCCACCAUCAUCAACUGGGAGCGUGAGUUUGAGAUGUGGGCACCUGACUUCUAUGUGGUCACCUACACGGGGGACAAGGAGAGCCGCUCCGUGAUCCGGGAGAAUGAGUUUUCUUUUGAGGACAACGCCAUUCGGAGUGGGAAGAAGGUGUUCCGCAUGAAGAAAGAAGUGCAGAUCAAAUUUCAUGUCCUGCUCACCUCCUACGAGCUCAUCACCAUCGACCAGGCCAUUCUGGGCUCCAUCGAGUGGGCCUGCCUAGUGGUGGACGAGGCCCACCGGCUCAAGAACAACCAGUCCAAGUUCUUUAGGGUCUUGAACAGCUACAAGAUCGAUUACAAGCUGCUGCUGACGGGGACCCCCCUUCAGAACAACCUAGAGGAGCUGUUCCAUCUCCUCAACUUCCUGACUCCAGAGAGGUUCAACAAUCUGGAGGGCUUCCUGGAGGAGUUUGCCGAUAUCUCCAAGGAAGACCAGAUCAAGAAGCUACACGACCUGCUGGGGCCACACAUGCUGAGGCGGCUCAAGGCUGAUGUAUUCAAGAACAUGCCGGCCAAGACCGAGCUGAUCGUUCGUGUGGAGCUGAGCCAGAUGCAGAAGAAGUACUACAAGUUCAUCCUCACGCGGAACUUCGAGGCACUCAACUCCAAGGGGGGUGGGAACCAGGUGUCGCUGCUCAACAUCAUGAUGGAUCUGAAGAAGUGUUGCAACCACCCCUACCUCUUCCCCGUGGCUGCCGUGGAGGCCCCUGUCUUGCCCAAUGGCUCCUAUGAUGGCAGCUCCCUGGUCAAGUCUUCAGGCAAGCUCAUGCUUCUGCAGAAGAUGCUCAAGAAGCUGCGGGACGAAGGGCACCGUGUGCUCAUCUUCUCCCAGAUGACCAAGAUGCUGGACCUUCUGGAGGACUUCCUGGAGUAUGAGGGCUACAAGUAUGAGCGGAUUGAUGGUGGCAUCACUGGGGGCCUCCGACAAGAGGCGAUCGACAGAUUCAAUGCCCCUGGGGCGCAGCAGUUCUGCUUCCUUCUCUCGACCCGGGCGGGGGGCCUGGGCAUCAACCUGGCCACAGCAGACACCGUCAUCAUCUACGACUCGGACUGGAAUCCACACAAUGACAUCCAGGCCUUCAGCCGUGCCCAUCGCAUCGGACAGAACAAGAAGGUGAUGAUCUACCGCUUCGUGACUCGGGCCUCGGUGGAGGAGCGCAUCACACAGGUGGCCAAGCGCAAGAUGAUGCUCACCCACCUGGUGGUACGGCCCGGCCUCGGCUCCAAGUCCGGCUCCAUGACCAAGCAGGAGCUGGACGACAUCCUCAAGUUCGGCACAGAAGAGCUCUUCAAGGACGACGUGGAGGGCAUGAUGUCUCAGGGCCAGAGGCCGGUCACGCCCGUCCCUGAUGUCCAGUCCUCCAAAGGGGGAGCCCUGGCUUCCAGCGCCAAGAAGAAGCAUGGCAGCACCCCGCCAGGCGACAACAAGGACGUGGAGGACAGCAGUGUGAUCCACUAUGACGAUGCGGCCAUCUCCAAGCUGCUGGACCGAAACCAGGACGCCACGGACGACACGGAGCUGCAGAAUAUGAACGAGUACCUGAGCUCCUUCAAGGUGGCGCAGUACGUGGUGCGCGAGGAGGACGGCGUGGAGGAGGUGGAGAGGGAGAUCAUCAAGCAGGAGGAGAACGUGGACCCCGACUACUGGGAGAAGCUCCUGCGGCACCACUACGAGCAGCAACAGGAGGACCUGGCCCGCAAUCUGGGCAAGGGCAAGCGCGUCCGCAAGCAGGUCAACUACAACGACGCCUCCCAGGAGGACCAGGAGUGGCAGGACGAGCUCUCAGAUAACCAGUCCGAAUAUUCCAUUGGCUCCGAGGAUGAGGACGAGGACUUUGAGGAAAGGCCAGAAGGGCAGAGUGGACGGCGACAAUCCAGGAGGCAGCUGAAGAGCGACAGGGACAAGCCCCUGCCACCUCUUCUCGCCCGUGUGGGUGGCAACAUCGAGGUGCUGGGCUUCAAUGCCCGCCAGCGGAAGGCCUUUCUGAACGCCAUCAUGCGCUGGGGCAUGCCCCCCCAGGAUGCCUUCAACUCUCACUGGCUGGUGCGGGACCUUCGAGGGAAAAGCGAGAAGGAAUUUAGAGCCUAUGUGUCCCUCUUCAUGCGGCACCUGUGUGAGCCGGGCGCUGACGGCGCAGAGACCUUCGCGGACGGUGUGCCCCGUGAGGGCCUCUCGAGGCAGCACGUGCUCACCCGCAUCGGGGUCAUGUCACUAGUUAGGAAGAAGGUUCAGGAGUUUGAGCACGUUAACGGGAAGUACAGCACCCCGGAUUUGAUCCCCGAGGGGCCCGAGGGCAAGAAGCCAAGUGAGGUCAUCUCCUCGGACCCCAACACGCCAGUGCCCGCCAGCCCUGCCCACCUCCUGCCGACCCCACUGGGCCUGCCAGACAAAAUGGAAGCCCAGCUGGGUUACAUGGAUGAGAAGGAGCUGGGGGUUCAGAAGCCAAAGAAGCCCCCAGAAAUCCAGGCCCUGCCAACUUCCCUGGACAGAGUGGAGGGCGAGGACAAGCAUGAGAGCUCAGAUGGCAAGGAGCGGCUGGAGGAGAUGGAGAAGGCCCCACCAUCCCCAGAGCAGCUGCCGAAAGAAGAAGUGCUUCCUGAGAAGGAGAAAAUUCUGGACAAGCUGGAGCUAAGCUUGAUUCACAGCAGAGGGGAUGGCAGUGAUUUCAGGCCAGAUGACGCCAAAGUGGAGGAGAAGGAGCCCCUUGAAACACAGCAAAAUGGUGACAAAGAGGAAGAUGAGGAGGGGAAGAAGGAGGACAAGAAUGGGAGGUUCAAAUUCAUGUUCAACAUUGCAGACGGGGGCUUCACAGAGCUGCACACACUGUGGCAGAAUGAGGAACGUGCUGCUGUGUCCUCGGGGAAAAUCUACGACAUCUGGCACCGGCGCCAUGACUACUGGCUGCUGGCCGGCAUCGUGACGCACGGCUACGCCCGCUGGCAGGACAUCCAGAAUGACCCGAGAUACAUGAUCCUCAACGAGCCCUUCAAGUCUGAGAUCCACAAGGGUAACUACUUGGAGAUGAAGAACAAGUUUCUGGCCCGCAGGUUCAAGCUGCUGGAACAGGCGCUGGUCAUCGAGGAGCAGCUCCGGAGGGCCGCAUACCUUAACAUGACCCAGGACCCCAACCACCCCGCCAUGGCCCUCAACGCCCGCUUGGCUGAGGUGGAGUGCCUUGCUGAGAGCCACCAGCACCUGUCCAAGGAGUCCCUUGCCGGGAACAAGCCGGCCAAUGCCGUCCUGCACAAGGUCCUGAACCAGCUGGAGGAGCUGCUGAGUGACAUGAAGGCGGAUGUGACGCGCCUGCCCUCCAUGCUGUCCCGCAUCCCCCCGGUGGCUGCCCGCCUCCAGAUGUCGGAGCGCAGCAUCCUGAGCCGCCUGACCAACCGAGCCGGUGACCCCACCAUCCAGCAGGGCGCUUUCGGCAACUCCCAGAUGUACAACAACAACUUUGGGCCCAACUUCCGGGGCCCUGGACCGGGAGGGAUUGUCAACUACAACCAGAUGCCCCUGGGGCCCUAUGUGACCGAUAUCUAGCUGUCCCCGCGAUUUCCCUCUGUUGCAGUGCUCAUUUCCAGCUGAGCCGCGCCUGCCGGGCCACCUGCCCAACCCCCACAGGAGAGAAAAGCUGCCGCCUUUUUAGGAGCCAUGCCAUCUUGGGACGGAAAGGGAAACUGAAUAAUGCCAUCGCAUGGGGGACGAGGCCCAGCCUGGCUGGGCUGGAGCCCAGAAGUGCCACCUCCUCAUCAUGCCAGUGUCCCACCCAGCGUCACACCCACCCCACACCGGGACGUACCCCUUGGCCACCUUUGCCGGACAACUUCUUAGAGGAGAUUUCAUUUAUUUGUACAUCUUUUGCACUUUCCUAUUGAAGACUUGAACGAGUCUGUCUUGAUAUAAAAGUUGAGUGACGUAUGGAGGGGUCUAACCUGCAGCACUCACGUCUCUCUGUCAACGGGCUCCAGACUUCAAAGGAAGAUCCUAGAAACGCUGCUGCUGGCCCAGGGGACUUGGCCCGCCUGGGGAGCCCUCUGUGUGCCCCCGCCCACCCCAUCCCGUCCGUGUGGCCUGACUGCCCGUGUUCUGGCCCCCCUGCCCCUCGGGGGUCCCCAGGGCUGGAUGGGUCAGGAGUGGGGAGUGGCUGCCCAGCCCCCAGGGUAGAGACCUCAGCUGGUGCCCGGGGCUGGGGCUCUCUUCCACCCCCUUCUUGCCGGGGCUGGAGACCACCAGGUAUGUGCUAUCUCGGUGGGGGAGGGGAGCCUGUCAGCAGGUGUCUGUCCCUGGCCCAGCACGUCUUGCAGGCCCUGGACUCUGUUAGCAGAGCGGAUGGCUGUCAUGCUGCGUGGCCACAUGCAGCCUGUGCUCCCGGGAGGAGGGGAGGCGCGGAGCCCACGCACGUAGCCUAAGGGCUGUGAGAGCCUGUCUCGGCCUCUGCGGGAAGGGGCUUGCCCUCUGUUGCGGUGUGGUUAGCGUCCUAGCAGGGCAGGUCACUGUGGCACUGAGGGUGGCCCCGGAGACCCUGGUCCUGCCCUGUGCCCUGGGAGGCCCAUCACAUCCCCCUCUAGGUACACACUCCCCGUUCAGUCUCAUGGCCACGGAUGCAAAGAAGCUGGGCCACCCCUUGGCGCCCGGACUUAUCCCUGUCCUCCUGUCCCUGGAGAGGCCCCUGCUGUGUUGUUGGAGGGCCUGGGGAAAGCUGGGCUUGGAGGUGGGGGGCUGGACCUGAUGGCUGUCCAGCCCUCUGAGCUGGAGCCUCCAGGCUUCCUGCCUCGUCUUCUCUGGGGAACCCCCACUGGCCCCCCUCCUGCACUCAGCCGGUGGUCUCCCAUGAGGGCCCCGCUGGUGGGGAGGGGCCAGACCCUGGGCUUGUCUGUGUCCUAUGCUUCCUCUGCCUGGCUCAGCCUGGAAGGGUUUUCCCAGCCUUGGGCAAGGGGCUUCCUGGGGAAGUGUCCUGGCUAUAGAAUCCAGGAGGGGCCAAGAUUUGGGGGUCUGUCUGGGGGCCUCUUGGGCAAUCAGCCAGCCCUCAUGGGGUCCCGGGUGCUCUCUGUAAAUGGCUGUGAACCCCUUGAGGGCUGGACCCCAAAGCCUUUUCCAUCUUGGUGUCCCCUCACUUCAGUCUCAGAACCUCCCAGGCCGAGUCGGCCCCGGCACCGCGGGGGGGGGGGGCGGGGGGCGCGGUGGUGAGCACUCUGAAGGCGGCACCCAGCUUUCCAGGACGUGCAUGCUGCAGCGCUGCCCUCGCCUUCUGAGAAGGGCAGGGUCGCCCCAGUCCGCUGGGGUUCCUGUGGGUGCCGCGCGCACAGCCUCCUGGCUCAGGCCUCUGGCGAGGUGACCACAUGAGCCCCCUCCCAACCCUCCCAACCCAGAGCCCUGUGACACUCCCUCCCAGACCCCCGGUCAGCCCUGGGGCUGGCCUCAUUGGGCACAGUGCUGGCCCCCCACCUCGGCCACAGUGGGUGGGUCUUGAGUGCCCAGCCAGGAGGCCCACGGUGGUGGCAGGGCAGGGGCCCGCAUCUCCACUGCCUUGCCCCAAGGGCUGGUGGUCCCCCUGCUGUCAGUCCUUCCUCCCCAGAAAGCCUCCCGCUGUCGCCCCAUCUUUGCUUCCAUGCCGGGCCUCCCCCUCCUCUACUGGGCCGGAUCUGGGUGUGUGCAAUGGCCAGGUCUGGGAAGGGCUCAGCUCUCCACGACCAGCACCUGGAGGCCCGGGAGGGGGGCUUCGGGCAGUUGGGGAGGGGGUUUCUGGUCGGCUGGUUUGGGAGAGGAAAAUGGAUCUCAGACUGUUUUCUUCUUAGUUUAUCAGUUACCUCCUGCCGCGAGUGGUGGCAGGGGAGAGGGGCGUCCACGGUCUUUGGCAUCUCCCGGCUGGGUUUGGUUUUUGCUGCUGACAGAAUGAGGGGCUUUGUGUACAAGCAGAAUCCUACAGCGUCAGCCCGCAUUUUUGUUUCCAGCCACCCUAUUAUUUAAACCAGUGCUGAGUAGGCUUUCUGUCGAACCACCUUUGGGCCUCAGUUUCAGAACGCAUUGCCUGCUGGGCUCCCAGGUGACGAGAGGCUCAUGGGCUGGACCAUGUCCGGAGGGCCCCGCUCUCGCACAUACUGCCCCGCAAGUGCAGUCCUGUGAGGAGACCCUCUCUGCAAGCCCCCUUCAGAAGCUCCUUGGCUUCCUGCAAGUUA